AUGAUCUCAGCGCCCGGCAAACGUGAAUCGGGCGAAAAUAGAGUUCCGCCUGGCCAUUCUUACGUAAGUGAUUAUAAACAAUUUAAUUGAUCAAAUUAAGAUCUGUAAAAGACGGAAGAAUCGUAAUGAAAUGAAGUAUAUGUUGGUAAAUUCACCCGACAGAGAGGAGCUGGAUGGAGGUGGGGCGCGUGUCAGGGAGCUUCAUCCUUAGGUCCGCGCAGCAAGAGGAGGCUCUUCAUCACAUCUGGUAUGCUCUCAUGAGGUGGCGACUCGUCUCCCGGCGGAUCGUCCUCUUCCCGACGACGGCUUGUUCGUCGAUCAAUCGGAGAUGAUUUACUCGAUGGAUUCGCGAUCCUUUUAUCGCGAAUCGUUCAGCGAUUUUAGUAGCAAUGCUCCGCGAAUCGCGUUGACGAGAUUUUCGCCGAUGAUCCAGCGAUUCUCGUUGCUUAAUUCUUCACCGGCGAUCUGCAGGAAAGUCGCGAUAAUUAGAUAAAAAUAUAUGAAUUUUGACUUUGGGAGGAUUCGAACCCGCGCCGGUUGUCCGCCCCUUUUGAGGAAGGUGUGACGCGGGUUUAGUCCCACAUCGGUUGUGCGCCGAUUUUUCGGGUGAAUAUAUAGUAAUGUUACAUUUGUAAGCAAAGUUCCUUCUCUCGUGUGUACGACCACUCCUUGCCCCACAGCCAGCUGGCCACCAGUGACGUGGAAGGAGAGUGGCGCACACGUGCCCCUAUCGGUCCAAGCCGCUCGAGCCCCUACUCGUGGCUACUCCUCGACUAAGCUUCCGACCCGCUUGUAGGCCCGGCUGGCCGUGGGUCCCCCCCUCAUUUUGUCUUAUUUUUAUUUCUUUUUCUUCAUUUAUCUCAAAAGCAAGACUGUAAAAAUCAUAUAAAUUCAUGUAAAAUCACAUAAUUACCUAAAAAUUCACAUUAAUCAACUGAAAACCACUUUUCACACUUUAACACAAAUAUAAGUUUAUUUAUCACGAGUUAAGGCUAAAACUAUAUUAUUUACUAAUUAUUAACUCAUGAUAAUGAAGACUUAUCAAGUAUCAUAUGAAAAAUUUGUGAAAAUUUUUAAUUUUUGUCAUAGAAGGAAUAAUACAUUAUUUUUAUGCUUACCUGAAAAAUGUAAAACUUUUCAAAAAAUUUGAAAAAAUUUCUCAAAACCUCAACACCUUAGAUGAAACACAUUUUGAAAUCCAAAAAUUAUAGCCAUUAGAAGGAUAUCUUUUGUUAAUUUCUAUAGGUUCUUAGGUUAGGUAAACUAUGAGCCUUGAUAAUUAUGUUUAUAUUCUUCUAUUCGAGGAGUAAAUCAGUAGGAUUAAGUGAUGAUCAUAUGCUAGAAGCAGCUUGCAAAGGGGAGAAGUGAGUAUAUGAUGAAAAUAUAAAUAUUCCAAGGGUGCAUAUGAGUGACCAUAGAUCCAAGUAAGUGACUUUAUUAAUUUCAAAGUUUUGUACCACCUCCUUCUUAGAUGUUAAAAUGCUAUCAAAAUAUGUAGGUUCAUUCAAAAAUACAAAAUUACAUUCCCAAUUGGAGGAAGUGAGAGGAGAAGACCAUCAAGUCCUAAAAAUAUAUCCAUAGGAAACUCUAUCUACUUCAUCUCUAUCUUGUCUCAUACUCCCCAAAUGUUUGUUUAGUCCUGAAUUCAAAAAAAAGUUAAAGAAAAUGAUGUUAGACAAAGGGGCCAAAAUAGAUCUCUUUAAAGAAGAGCUACACAAGGUUUGAGGACUUAAUAUCCAGAUGAUCCCGUGAUUUUAGGAGAAUUAGGAUCAUUAAUUACCUAUUAGAUUAUCUAAUUCAAAUAACCAAAUAAGGCUUCCCAACCAAGGUUUGGACCACCAAUCUUUCACACAAGGGUGGCUAUCUUAUGAAUCUCACAAAUUCUAAGAGCAAGGAUUUAAAGACAAUGACUAACUUCACAAGAAAUUUGAAUAUCAACACACCUUUGCAAUAGAGAUUUUUGGUGUCUUGAAGAUUCUUAUUGGUUUGAAUUCCAUGAGCUUUGUUAGUGAUUUUUCAAGGUUCAAACCGAGUGGUCCGUACCAAGGAGUGGACUGGUAUCAUUUGAAAGACAUGGGCUGUUUGUGCCGGGAGGUACAAAUGAGGUCCAGAAGUAAGGUGAAAUAAUAAAAUAAUGAUGAAAAGAAAAGAAAAGGUGGAGAGAGAAAAAGGGGGCAGAAUGAGAGGGUGUCAAUGGGGGAGAGAGAGAGAGAAAAAAAAAAUUGGGGGGUACUCGUGUGGGCGAGAACCAAGGGUGAUUUUUUUUUUCUAAAUACUAACUAAAGGGCGAAGGGAGAAAAGGGGCAAAAUGAGAAUGUCAGUGGGAGAGAGAGAAAGAGGGGUUUCGUGGUGACAAUAAGAGAGAGAAAGGAAAGGGUUUGUGUCAGCAAAGAAGUGAAAUGGCAAUGAUGAGGUGAACAGCAGGGAGGCGGAAUGGCAGUGACAGAGCAGAUGGCAAGGAGGAGAAGGCGAAAUGAGGCAUAGUGUCAACAAUAUGCCAAUUAGAAAUAUGGUUGAAGAGUUCACUAACAAUAAAAAGAUAAUAACAAAAUGACCACAUGAAAGCAUUGGUUUAUACCACUAUGAAAAUAAGUCAUAGAAAAAAAUAGACUAUGAUAUAUCAUAUAUGCAUGUGAUGUACACUUGUCAUUGUGUUUAAAUGUACAUUAUCUAAUAAUAUUUAUAACUAAGACUUAAUAAAAUAUUAGUAUAGAUGUAAGUCUUAGAUCAAACAUUAAGGAGAUUGAUUAAUUAUCAUGAAAACUAAUUUAGUUUAUAUAUAAAGUGAAUUUAAUAUUUUAUUACUAUUUAACAGAAAUACUAAAAUAAAAAGACAAUGUGCCAAGAAUAAAAGAAGGGAGUAGAGAAACUUAUUGUAAAAUUUAAAUAAAUAUUGAAAGCAUAUAAAUAAAUGACAAAAUUAAGAAAGAUAUCAUUGCCCAAGUUUAGUUUGCCUCUUAGGCAACUGGAGAGAUAGGUGUGGUGGCUUGAUUUUUUCUGAAUGUGUCACACCACACUAGAAGUCACAUAAGUGUCGUCUAAAAACACUAUAUCACUUGCUGGAGAGAUCUGUUGAAAAGCGAGUCAGCCACUCUAUUAUCAUUGUCUGGGGGGAGAAAGGAAGAGCUGACCACUUGCCAAAGGUCUUGAGUGUAGUUGGGGGAGGAAGGAACAAGCUCGUUGAUCACGUGAAAAGAGGGAAAAAUAGAUGCCAUAUUUGCGGCUGCUGUUGGGAUUUUAAAUAUAAUUGAUAAUGUCUAUUUUACCAUAAUAUAAUUGAUUAUUAUCUUUAUAUCUCUAAUGAUGAUACGUGCGAGAACUUAAGUUCUCGAUAUCAUGGUGCUUUGCAAGCCACGGAAUUAGAUGUGCUUGAUCAUGUGAUGUGCUGAGCAACAUAGGAUUAACCUACCAUGAAUUACUACUAAUUGGGAACUUAAGUGCCUGGUAUCCUGGCACUUCACUAGUUGUCAAAUCAUCCUUUCUGGUCACGUAUGUGCUGAGCGACAUCAAAUUCAUGAAUUGUUGAUAGAUUCCUUUAUGUUUUGGGUAUCAUGACAGUUCACUAGCCAAAGGAUCUGGUAAUGUGACUCAUUGAGCACCAUUAGAUCACACUGCACUUCAGAUUGCUAUCCUAAAACAAACAAAAACAUUUAGUCCCACAUUGAAAGUUUUUCUUCAAUUAAACUGAAUAUAUAUCAAACUUACAGUCUCUUAGUAGAUAUCCCUUCUCCUAAAAUAAAAUAAUACGCAAGACCAUCUAGGGAGAAGGAAAAAGGUGUCCAUCCUCGCAUGCGCAUGUGUGUGUGUAUGAUGCUCCUUGCUCCAUGACUGGUUUGGCCACCAAGACAUGGCAAGGGAGUGACACACACAUGUGCAAAGCGAGUCUUUUGCCACUCGAGCCCAGCUCAUGGCUCCCCCUCGGUCUAGGUCUAUGCACUUACAACAACACCCCUAUGGGUCAAUUGUCAAGUAUUGGCUUGCUAACGAGCAUCAAUAUUUUACUAUUAGGUUCUUUUACGUUUUUAAUAAUCAAAAUUUAUGCUAAGUUAACAAUAUAUUACUAUAAUUAUUUAAUAAUAUAUUAUUAUAAUUAUUCUAUAACUUAACACAAAAAUAAAAUAAUAAAACUAAUUAAAACACAAAAUAGCAUGCCUAGUAUAAAUACAUUUCUUGUGCUUCCAAGUUUCACUAGAUCUAUCCUUUUACAAAAACAAGAAUAUGUCUACUUAGAGCUUACCAAGAGAUUAUCUAGAUUUUGAGCCCUAUUUUGGCUGCUCAUCAAGUCCACAUAUAUACAAUUGAAAGGAUCCCUGAUUUGUUCUUUUUAUAGAAUAUUCAAAUUCUUUGCAUUGUCAUUAGAAUAGUAGAGGCUUCUCUAGUGUGAAUGAGAGCAAACAUAUAGUAAUGCUGAAGAAGGUUUUAGGGUGUUGGAGGAAAUAUUAAGAAAGAAUUGGAAGAAACUUUAAUUAUUAGGAAUAGGAAAGGUGUCAUUAUGUGGAAAGUGAGGGACUAUCAACAAGAAGGGUGGAUGGCUUCAGGCCCCUUGAUAAAUCUGAUUAUGGGAAAAGUAUGAAGAAAGGCUUCAAAGAAAAUGUUAUCAUUUGGAAUAUAAGUCAUCAAUUGGAUACUCAGGUUUGAUGUUUCUCCUAGAACUUGUAGUGGCAAAUUUGACUAUACGAAGAUUCCAUAUAUCUCAUGUACCACAUGUUCUAAACAACAAAGUUUCUACUUUCACCAAAGAGCCAAAAUAAAAUAAUCAAUUAUAAUCAAAGUAGAGCUUUCAUAAAAUAAUUUUCCUAUGAGGUUUUUAAUUUAAGUUGAAUGGACAUCUUGCUUCAAUCGAAAAUAAUUAUCUGUCAUCAUUGUUUGGUCACAUAUUGUAAGCAUUGCUGACAUCUUGGUGAAAUAUCAAUAAAUAUUGUUCUAAUCCUGUCAAUUGAUCUGAAAUAUUGCAUCUAGUUAACAAUUGUAAACUUACUUGCUGCUUGAUUUUAUCUCAAAAAUAUAAGCAUAUAGAUAUUGUUGUCUCAAAUGCUGCUGCUAAUCCAACCCUUGAUCACAUAUUGGCUAUCGAAGAAUCUAGUCUUGACAAACUAUGGGAGAUCAAUGUUAAAGCUUUGAUCUUGCUCUUAAAGGUAACUAACUAGAUUUCAAUGCUGGAAUAGAAUACAACGUUCUUGCUUGGCUCAUAGUUUACUUGUUUGGCAGGAUGUGGCACCCUAUCUCUGCAAGGGAUCAUUUGUGAUCUUGAUCUCUUCAGUUGCAGGCUACCAACCAGGUCAAUCAAUGUCCAUGUAUGCAGUCACAAAGAUGGCACUUUUGGGGCUUACCAAGGUAAUCUUAUUUUGCUGGAAGGGAAGGUUCAUUCAUGAAUUAACUUUUGUAUGUUAUUGAUGAAAAAUAAAAUGAAAUUCCUAACAAUGAUGAGAAUGUUUUAGGGAAAGAAAGGGAUAAAGAGAAGUCAUUCAAACCCCAAAUAUCCAAAACAUGUAUGUUAUAACAUCUUGAGUACUACAAACUAAGAUAUGGGAGGAAUACUUUGUAGGCUCCUAGGCAAUGUUAGAACACUAAAACAAAGUCAUUUGACCAUCUUAAAGUAGCUGCACAUGAUGUUUAGGAUUAAGAAAUUUUGAUAAACAUGAAUACAGCUUAUGGUAAUAAGGUUCCAUACAUAGACUUCAAAACCUAGAGUGAUUAUGGAAAGAGCUAACUUUAGCAGAUUUCUAGCAUCAACUUAUGACAAAUGAUGUGGAUGAUAAAACCAUAAGAAUUGUCUUUGACACAAAAUCUAAACUCAUUUCAAAGGACCACUAUUAAAACUAGACUUUUGUGUUUUAAAUAGUUUUAUUAUUUUAGUUUUGUGUGUUAACGUGCAGAAUAAAUAUAGCAAUAUAUUAUUAAUUUUGGAAGUCUAAUGUUAAAUAACUUAGAAUAAUUUUUAUUUUUCAGAAAAAAUAUAAAUAUUAAAAAAAGGCCACUACCCAUUGGCAAGCCGCCACUCGGCAAUCAAUAGCUAACUCAGAGGGGCACAAUGGUCGAGUGGGUAAACUUAGAAUAGGGGAGCCAUGAGCUGGGCUCAAGUGGUGAAGAACUCAUUUUGCACAUGUGUGUAUUAGUACCCUACCAUGUCUUAGUGGCCAACUAGUCAUGGAACAGGGAGCGUCAUGCACACAUGUGCGCACGAGGGUGGACCACCUUUUACCUUCUCCUAAGAUGGUCUUGAGUAUUAUUUUAUUUUGGAUGAAACCAAGCCACCACACCAGUAUCUGUCAUUACCUAGGAGGCAAACUAAAUUUGAGCAACUUGAGACACCAGUGUGGUAGCUUGGUUUUGUUCGAAUGUGCUACAUCAUGUUGGAAGUUACAAAAGUAUUGUCUAGCAAUGUUGUGUUGUUUGCUAAAGAGAUUCGCUAAAUAAAAAGGUCAACUAUUGAUAAUUAUAAAUUACUAGUUGCAUCUAUAUAUUAAUAUCUUAUAUAUAGAUAUUAAUUAAUGAGUAUAAAAUAUAAUUAUACAUGUGUUACCGACUUAUUAUGACAUUUAUAAUUUUUUAUCAUUUAAGUCUUAAUGUAUAUUAUUUUAUUUGUUAUUAUGAUACUAACCCCACGACUUUUAUGAAGUCAAGUGAUGAUUCUCUCAUAUUUUCUUGAUAAUUAUUUGAUUGCAAAGACUGAGAUGAGCUCUUAUUAUGAGUUGGAAGUAAUGGAAGAAGCCCAAGCCUUUAGCCCAAGAAAAAGCUCAAGUCUUAUGAUGAGGGCUAGCCUAAUAUGUUUAUGAGCCCAAUAGAGGGCAUCACCUUGGCCUAGUCUAUUUGGACCUAAAAGGGCUAUCAAGAAAUGAGAUCUAAGCUGCCCAUCUUAGGGCGCCUUAAGAUGAAAUUAAGAGAAGGAUUAAAGUGUUGUUCUUAUGGAAGAAUCUGAACCGUUUACUAAGAAAAUCAGUUAUUAAUUAUAAAUGUCUAUUGGAUAGGCUUAAUUCUGGAGAAGAUUAAGACAUCUCGCCUCCCUCUUGAAGGGUGCUUUUUGGCUCUCUUUCUAGCAAUGGUUAGUCAAAGGAAAUAGGAAGGAAAUCAAGGCUCGAUCAAUGACAUUCUCAUGCUUAAGAUUGUCGUGGAGAAGAGACAAUCUGAAAACGUAUCAAGAUCGUUGUGGAUCAAACACUACUCGACUUAGGACUAGCGCACAAUGAGGUAUGUGUAAGAUCUAGAUUUAGAAUGUCCUUGUAAUCUUCUCUAUGGAUAGAUUAACUCUUAAUUCGAAUUAAUUUUACCAUUUAUUCUAUCAUUUUAUCACGUAGAUCUAUUCUCUUCCUUUUGUCACACUUUUCAUUUCUCUUGUCUUUACCUUUGUUAGAUUAAUUUCAUCCUUCACACUCUCAAGUAUAUAUAUAUAUAUAAGAAAUAAGAUAAGUAAAAUUCUUACUCUUAUCACCUACACUCUUUGAGGAUCAACCCUUACUUAUCCUAAACCAAGGAAUGAGAUUUUAUAAAUAUUAUUUGCAUGAACUUGGUUGCAUCACAAUAACAUAUUUAACCUUUAAAUCAAGUUCAUCAACCAUGUUGUCACCAUUGUCUAGAGGGAGAAAGAAAUAGUUGACCACUUGUUAAAGCUAGAUUUUUGUGUUUUAAUUAGUUUUAUUAUUUUAUUUUAUUUUAUUUUGUUGACUUGUAAAAUAAAUAUAAGAUAUAUUAUUAAUUUAGAAGUCUGAAGUAAAAUACAUAACAUAAUUUUUGAUUAUUUAAAAAUAGAAAAGAAUAAAAUAUAAAAAUAUUUCAUCUACUAGUAAGCUAACACUCAAUAGUUAACUCGAAGGGGUGCUACAGUCAAGUGGGUGGCUGAUAAGUCCUCAUUAUCAUGAAUUAAUGAUUAAUAAAUAAUAUAGUUUUAGUCAUAACCCAUGAUAAAUAGACUUAUAUUUAUGAUAAUGUGAUUCUUGGCUAAUUACAUAAUUUUAUGUAAAUUUAUAUGAUUUUUAUAAUCUUAUUUUUUAGAUAAAUAAAGAAAAAGAAAAUAAAAUAAAAAGAUAGAAAAAAGGGGGGACCUAUUAGCCAACUGGGCCCACAAGCAAGUCGGAAGAGCCUCCUCUUGCUACAUAAACCUGAGGAUGAAGCUCCCUAACAUAUGCUCCACCUCCAUCCAACUCUUCUCUAUUGGGUGACAGUUGCUAAAGAGCUGCAAAGUCACCGUUUUUCUACUUUGCUGGGUAACAACUACUAAAGAUGAUUUAAUGACCUAUUUCAUCGAUCUUUAAACUUCGCAAGAAGAAUUAGAAAUUACCCAUGUCAUCUUUGCCCAAGGAGAGCCUUCGAGGCCAUGGAAAUUGCAUGAAAAUCUUUCUAAACGCUUAGGAUUUUAGUGCAUCACUGACAUAUCAUUGUCGUGACAUCAGAACUCUGUUUUAUUAUUUUUUAAUUAAUUUAACUUCUAUCAUAUUUUCUGAACUUCAAAAGGAGAUCCAACGAAUGCUCAAGUCGUCCAUGUCUAAGGAGAGCCUUUGAGGCUAUGGACAUCAUUCGAUGACCCUCCUAAACAUAUAGAAUUCUGACAAUUACUAUCACGAGGUUGGAACUCUGUCUUUCCUACUUUCAACUAAAUUCUUACUUCAUUUAGUAAUAAUCUAUGUGAUUUUUACUUUCAAAACUAUUCUUCGUUCAAUUAUGAUUCUUCUAGCUUUUACAGAUCUUAACUUAUCCAAUUAAAUCGUCCGUAAUCGCCUACGUAAAACUCACUGGACAGAAUUUUGUUUAUGCUCAAUUCGUGUUCGUUGGACGCUGAUGUCAUCCUGACAUCCACACCCCUUAUUUUCUUUUCUCAUGAAUUUAAAUAUAUUUUAUUUUCAUUUCUUAGUCUAAAAUUUAUAAAAAAUUAUAUUCUUUGAGAAAAAUUCUGAAAUAUUACUUGAAAAUUUUACAUCUCUAUGAUCAACUUGAAAAUUUUCCAUUAUUUUGAAAACUUUUAUUAAAUCACAAUUGAUAUAUUUGUUCAAAAAUACUUCUAAAUAUCUAAAAAAUGAUAUUUUUUAGUUUUAUAAAUUUUAAAUUUACAUGAUUUAUUAUACAACGACUAAGUCACGUUAGUGACUUAGAUCGAGAGAGUCAUGAGCUUGGCUCGAGUGGUGAAAGACUUACUCCAUGCACGUGUGCGUCCCUUGCCACAUCUUGGUGGUCAAUUGAUCGUGGAGCAAGGAGGAGCAUACACAGGGGCGCGCGAGAGGGCAGACCACCUUUUUGCCUUCUCCCAAAUGGACCUGGGAAUUAUUUUAUGUCGGGAGAAUGGAUCUCUAAUGAGGGAUGAUAGCUUUGAUUUAUAUUUGGCUCAUGCGUUGAAAUAUUUCUAACAUGGGACUAAAUGUUUUCGUGUGUCUCAAGGCAGCCAUUUGGAUCGUAGUGUGAUCUAGCAGUAUUCAAUGAGCCACAUCAUCAGAUAAGCUAGAUCUUGCGGUGGGUGAGACACCACAAUAUCAAAUGCAUAAAGCAAUUCAUUGAUGGUUCACGAAUCUAAUGCCGCUCAACACACAUAUGGUCAUAGAUGAUGAUCCAAUAGCUAACAAGGCACCAUGGUAUCAAGAACUUUUGUUCCCGUCAGUAAUGAUUCGUGACAGGUUGAUCUUGUGUCUCUCAAUGUGCCACGUGACCAAGCACAUUUGAUCUAGCAACUCAUGAAGCAUCAUGAUACCAAGAACUUAAGUUCUCACAUGUAUCGCUAUUAGGGAUAUAAAGACAAUAAUUAAUUAUUUUCUAGUAAAAUAGACUUUAUCAAUUAUCUUUAAAAUCUCAAUGGUAUUUGUAAAUACAGAAUUCAUUCUUCCCUCCUUUUAUGCAAUCAACGCCUUCGGCAAUCAACGAGCUCAUUCCUUCAUCCUCUGACUAUCAAGGCCUUUGGUGAAUGGUCUACUCUUCUCUUCUCCCCCUAGACGAUGGUGAUAGUGUGGUCAACCCUUCCUUUUGACAGAUCUCUCUAGCAAGCAGCGCAACAUUUCCUAAGGAUACUUCUGUGAUUUCUAGUGUGGUGUGGCACGUCUGGACAAAACCAAGUUGCCACACUAGUGUCUCUAGUUGCCCAAGAGGCAAACUAAACUUGGGCAACGAUUUAUUUCCUACUUUCAGUAUUUACUUACCACACUAGUGGCAUGUUUCGAUUGAAAUGAGUAGAACUAAUUCAAAACUUGAUGAAUGAUCUUCGCUCUUCUUUGAAAAUCUUCUAAAACGCAUCUAAGAUUAAGCUAAGAUCAUUUUCAACUUAUUUUCUAUUGAUUUUUGUAGUCAAAUCCCAACAUAUUCAUGUUCCCAGUAUUUUAUAAUUAAUGGAUAUUUUUCUAUUUUUGAAUGCGUUAAAGGCUGCUUAAUAAUUGUUAGACUAUUAAAACAAUGUGGAGACAUUCACUGCUAACCUUAUGUGAUGUGUGUGAAUUCUCGAGCAUACAUUCGUUCGAGAAUAAUGGUCACCAUAAAAAUAAGUUGACCGUAUUUCUCUCUUUCUUUAUUAUCGUCUUAUUUCUCCUCUCCCUCUCUCAUGAGACCUCUUCUUCUCUCUCUAUCUCUCUUGAGAUCUCUCUCUAUUGAUUGAUCUUCCUCUCUCUCUCUCUUGAAACUUUUCUCUCUCUCUAUCUCAUGUGAAAUUUCCUACUCUUUCUCUCUCUCUCUCUCUCUUGUGAGACUUUCUCUCUCUCUAUCUCACAUGAGAUUUCUUCCUCUCUUUCUCUCUCUUUCACGAGAGAUCUCUUCUCUCAUCUUUCAUGAGAACUCUUUCUUCUCUUUCUCUUUCCUCCUUCCUUUAUUUGCUUCCCUUCCUUUAUUCUUCUCACCUCACCCUUCUAUUUUAUUAUUUCUGUUAAAUAAUAAUAAAAUAUUAAAAUCACUUUAUAUAUAAUUAAAUUAUUUUUCACGAUAUAUUAAUCAAUCUCUCUAUGUUUGACUUGAGACUUACUUCUAUACUAAUAUUUUAUUAAGUCUUAGUUAUAAAUAUUAUUAGAUAAUGUGUAUUUAAAUACAUCAACAAGUGCACAUCACCACUCGUUAGUGGCCUUGAGUACAAUUGGGAAAGGAAGGAACGAGCUCAUCAAUCGUUGGAGACAUUGAUCAUGCAAAAGGAGGAAAGAACAUAUACCAUAAUCACGACUCUCAUUGGGUUUUUAAAGAUAAUCAUUAAUAUUUAUUUUACUAGAUGAUAAUUGAUUAUUAACUUUAUAUCCCUAACAAUGAUACUUACGAGAACUUAAGUUCCCAAUAUCGUGGCACUUUGCAUGCCACUAAAUUAGAAGUGCUUGGUCACAUGGAGCACUAAGUGAUGUAGGAUUAACUCACCACGAACUACUUCCAACUGAGAACUUAACUCAUUAGUACCAUGGCACUUCACUCGUGGUUGGAUCAUUCUUUUUAGUCACGUGCAUGCUGAGUGUCAUUAGAUUCGCAAACUACCAAUGGAUUGCUUUAUGCUUUGGGUAUCGUGGCAGUUCACUAGCCAUGAGAUGUGCUUUAUCUAGUAACGUGGUUCACUGAAUAUUGUUGGAUCGCACCGUACUCCAAUUGCCUUGAAACACAUGAGAAAAUUUAGUCUCACAUCAAAAUUAUUUCGACGAUUGAACUUAAUAUAUAUCAAAGUUACAUUUUCUAAAUAGAAAUACCUUCUUCUAAAAUAAAAUAAUGUCUAAGACCAUCUUAGGAUAAGGUAAAAGGUGGGUCCGCCUUCAUGCACACACAUGUGUACAACACUCUUUGCUCCACGACUAGUUGGCCACGAGGAUGUGGUUGGGGAAUGAUGCUACUUCAUCACUUAAUACCAGCUCAUGGCUCCCCUAGUCUAGGUCUAUCCACUCAAGUGUAGCACCCCUCUAGGUUAGCUACCGAGUGCCAAGUGUGUCAACUUGCCUGCAAGCGGCGACGUUUUUUUAUUUUAUAUUUAUAUUUUUUCUAAAAAUAAAAAAUUACAUAGUUAUUUGAAAAGUUACAAAAUUAACAAUAUAUUGCUAUAUUUAUUUUUCAAGUUAACACACAAAAAUAAAAUCAGAAAACUAUUGAAAACAUAAAAAUCUAGCUUUAACAAAUAUCCCUAACUUUGAAUUUUGCUAGUUCCUAACAAUAAGCAAAAAACUUACAAAGUUAAAGUUAUUUAUUAUUUUUUUAACCUAAAUCAUUUACUUUCUCAUUUUUCCACUAGAGCUGAUAUUAAAAUAAAUAUUCAAAGAUAUUCAUGUGAUUUGAAAUAGUUACCUAUAAGAUCAAAAAUUUAAAUGAUUCUAUAUACAAAUGAAUUAUUCCAAAAAUAUUCAUCCUAAAUUUCAUUCUCUUCAAUACACAAAAUUCAACAUCUUUCAUUUUCAGCAAUCAUUAAUUAAAUGAUCAAAAUUUUACUCAAGUUUUCAAAUUAUCUUCAACCUUCUCUUCUAGAUUUGUGCACCCAAGUAAUUUAUUCUAUUUGUUUUUUAUUAUUACUAUUAUUAUAUAAGUAGCUAGUUUUCCCCAUAUAGCUUCUUUUUCAUGUCUAAAUCUCACAUGUGGAAGGUUUCCACAAGAAAAGUGAGAAAUCCCUAUAGAAGCAUUUGCAAUCACUUUUCUUAACCUUGUCCAAGUCUCACAUAUAGUUUUGUCUCCAUGGGAUAAGUAAGAAUCCCCAUAUAUAUAUAUAUAUAUAUAUAUAUUCGUGAGUUGGGUCUUACACGCUAUCAUAUGAUGAUUUUAUUUAUAUAUAUAAGAUAAAUGAUCAAUUACUCAAGAUUGUCUAGCUUUCAAUAUUUUAUACAAUUUCAACCUCUUCACAUCUAACUUCAUGAUUCCUACUAAUUCCAAAUGUGAAUUUAUAACAUAUGAAUCAUGAUCAUCAAGGUAUAUUUUGAAAAUAUUUCAUCAUUAAAUGUCCCACAUUUUUUUUCCACUAACACACUUUAACCUUCAUACUUAAAUGCAUUUACCAUCCUAUAAGAAAAAUAUAUAAAUCUAUGAAUUCAUCAAGACUAGUUCCUAUGUUUAAAAUUUCCUUCUAUCCUAACUAUUCAUAAAAUAAUUAUAACUAAACUUUCUUUGCUGCCCCCAUUUAAAAUUGAAUUAUCCUCAAUAAUAUGAGAUAUAUUACCAAAUUAAACUGCAAAGGAAAAGAUAUAUACUCAUAAAUCAGUUAGUAUAACACGACAAAAAUAAAUAUAUGAGCUAAAACAAAAAUAAAAUAAGGAGCAAUGAAAUUGAAAAUUUAUGAAGUAAAAAACACAAAUUAAAUUCUAAAAAGCUAAAAUUAUUGUGUUGCCUCGCAAUUAACACUAAGUUUAACAUCUUUAGCUAGACACAAUUCUAUGUGAUUCCAUGAAUGUUAUGUCAUGAUCUAAUACCUCUUUCAUAUAAUAUUUUUGAUAUAAUACAUGAAAAUAGAAUGGAAGAAUUAAUUGAUUAAUUUGUUGAACAUAAUUCAUUUCCUCUAUGCAAGAGUGAAUUAUCUCAAUAUCUUCAUAAUUAUCAUCAUCCUUUUGUGAAAAUAUUGAAAUUUUAAAAACAUUUAAAAAGAUGUUAUUACCUUCAGAUUUUAUAUUUAUGAUCUCAUUUUUGCAAUCAAUAUUUGCUUUAAUUAUGACAAUAAAUGUGCAUCCUAAUAUGAUUGGUGCAUGAGCAAGAUCAACUAAAAUAUGAAUAUCUAGAAUCAGCAAAUCUAAUAGAAAUGUGCAUCCUAAUAUGAUUGGUGCAUGAGUAAGAUCAACUAAAAUAUGAAUAUCUAAAAUCAGCAAAUCUAAUAGAAAUGUGCAUCCUUUAACAUUGAUGAUGACAUCUUCCAGGAGACCCUAGGUUGUUUAAUAGAUUUAUUAGCUAGCUGAAGUUCUACUAAAGUUGGUUUUAGUUCUCCUAAUUUAAUUUUUUUAAAAACAGCCAAAGGUAAUAAAUUAACAUUUGCUCCUAAAUCUAAGAGUACAUUUCUAAAUGUAGUUUCACCCACUUUACAUGAGAUGAGAGUGCUCAUGGAUCCUUACAUUUCUUAGGCCAAGAAUAAAAAAUAAUAGUACUAGUCUCUUUGGAUAAAGAUAUCUUCUGAGAUGACCUAUGAGGUAUGCAUAAUUCUUUUAAGAAUUUUACAUAUGCAAGUAUAUGUUUGAUUACAUCUGUCAAAGAAAUAGAGAUCUGAACUUUUUAAAAUAUCUCCAUAAGCUCUUCAUUAGGUUCAACUCUUUUCCUAAGUUUUGGUUCUAAUGCUGUAAGAAGGGGAUAGUUUUUCUAUGUUCAUUUAAUUGUGAUAAAAUAGGAAAGGGUGGUAUAUUCAUUUAUGAUUUUUCUUCUUUUGAUUCUUAUUUUUCUUCCUCUAAAUUCUCAUCAUCAUAAAAUAAACUCUCAUAACCAUUAUCCCUAUCAUUCAACACUUCAUCAUUAUAAACUUAUUUUUCUAAAAAAAAUGAUGCAUUUGAAUCUUUGAGUUGCUUUCCACUCCUCAAAGUGGUCACUACUUCUACAUUUUCAAAAUCUUGAGAUGUAGAUGGUUGAUGACUAUAUUAGAAGGUUGAUUUCAUGAUUUCAUGAUGGGCUGACUAACAAGAUGACAUAUUUCAUAUUUUGAAGUAUUUCCCUCAAAUUAGAAUUAUUUCUAAGCUUGAAAUAUUUCACUCCUCGCAAAUUGAACAAAUAUGUAUGGAAGAUAAAACGGAGCAAGGGAAGAUUAUGUAGAUAAAAGAACACAUUAAGAAAUAGGUGAGUGGAAGAAUUAGAGAUAUCAAUUUAGAUGAAAAAAUUCUAGAUUGGGUAAGAGCUAAUUUGAAAAUUAUAUGGCCUGAUCACAUUUUAUAGUCUAUUAAUAGAAAGUAUUUAUUAAUGAAUGAGAGCCUUAUAAAACAAGAUAGAAAUGAGGAAAGAUUCUUUUCAAAAUGGAAAUAUUAUUUUUGGGAAAAUUUUGUUAAUUUCUAUUUUGUUUUGGCUGAAAGUAUGUCAAGGUAUGUAUAUGAAGUAUAUGAAUUUUUGCUAAAUCUAAAAAAGAAUAUCAUGAAACUUACCUUGGGAUACAAAUAUAUUUUGAUGGCCAUAGAUCAUCUUAUAUGAUCUAAGAGCUGUCCAGCUGAAGACAUUAAAUUCAGCGCUACAUGGGAGGCAACCCAUGGUUUUUAUUUCAUUCUAUUUGAUUUUUUUAAGCUCUGUUUUUCUUAGAAUUUUGCAGUACUUGUUUCUGUAUUUGUUUUUUCGAAAAAGUGCAAGAGGAGGAGUGUAAGACGAAGUGGAAAAUUAAAAAUGAGGUUGAGGUGAUGUCUUUCGGAGCUUUAUCAUUUAUGACAACAUUUUUAAUACUUAACUUUGCAUAUAUGCAUGCUUCACUUGAAAAUUAUAUUUUCUGCAUAUUCUGUUUCGAGUUUUCUGUGUCAUUGAGGACAAUGUCAUUUUUAAGUGUGGGGUGAAGUAUUCAUUAUUAAUUUAUGUUGUAGGACGAUUAAGAACAUGUGUUUGCAUUAGAACAGCAACUGAAAAAAUAAAAAAUAAAAUAAAAUUCAGAAAAAUUGCAACAUCUAUUUUCUGGUUUUCUAUCAGGAACAACAGACUGUCAAAAACAGCAAACAAAAAACAGCUCAAAAUUUGAAAUUCUAGAGACCCUUUUCUCACAUUUCAAUCCCCUAGACAUAUAUUACUGAAAUUUGAAAUUACAACUAUAAAGAGGAUAGUUUUGAUUUAUUUUUGACAAAUUUAUUGUUGCUAAAAAUAGAACUGAAAAUAGAAAACAGAACUGUCAGAACUAUCUAAUUUACAAAUUUCUUACAUCAUAUUGCAUGCAUGAAAAAUUCAAUCAAUUAGAUUGAUUGAUACCAAAAGAUACUAGGAAGAUUAUUAUUGAGUCAAAAGAAUGAUCUAGUAGCAUGAAAUGUUGGAAUACUCCUUGGAUACAUGAUAGAUAACAUGGAUUUGAUUUUACAAAUUUUCACUUUAUGAUCUUGAUGGAUAGUAUUUACUUGAUUUGAAAAUUUGAUUGAUCAUUUGAGUUUAAUAAAGAUUUUUACACCCAGAUUUAUAGGACUUGUGAGGAGAAAUCACUUAUUUCGAAAAAAAAAGAGAGAGAGCAAUGUGAAAAAUCUAGAAACGAAGAGUACACACGGAGGGUGUGAGACAUCAUUCUCAUUGUCGAAAAUCGUAUAUAGAAAAACACUUGCUGCAAAAUAAGUGGAUAUAGUGAAAGUCCUGAAAAUUAAGAGUACACAUGGAGGGUGUGAGACAUCAUUCUCAUUGUCGAAAUUUGUCUACAGGAAAAACUACUUAUCCACUAUAAAAGAAGGAAGAAAUAUAGUGCAAACUUCAAAAAUCAAGUCAUGGAAAAAGGGAAAUGUAGAAUCAAUAUUAUUCUUGGAUGAUUAUUGAUAAUUGGAACAUCUUGUAAAUAUAUCUAUGAGUGAAGAAGUGAUAAAGAUGUGAAUAGAAGAAGUGAAGUCUAGAUUGUUAUUCCAAGGAGUGCUUAAACAUUUAAGUGCUUGACAUCAUUCUUAAAUACUUUAUAUAAGAGUCCAAAGUGUCUAAAGGUGUAUCAUUUCUAAUUGUAUUUUUUUUUUUAUGUCUUGAAAUAUGAUGUUUGAGAUUUGUAAUUUUUUAUUUUCGUAAUUCCAUUGCUAAGAGACUAGUAAUGAUUUAAGUUGGGGGGUGACUUAGUCAUUGUAUAUUAAAUCACGCAAAUAUAAAAUUUAUAAACCUAGAAAAUAUGAUUUUUCAGAUAUUUAGAAGUAUUUCUGAAUAAAUAUAUCAAUUAUAAUUCAAUAAAACUUCCAAAAAUAGCGGUAAUUUUCUAGGUCGAUCAUAGGGAUGUAAUAUAAUAUCUGCUAAUUAUUCAUAAUUUUCCUCAAAGAAUACUAUUUUAUAUGAAUUUUAUACUAAGAAAUAAAAAAGAAGUAUAUUUAAAAUUCACAAAAAAAAGAAAUAAGGGUGCAGACGUCAAGAUGACGUCAAUGCCCGGUGAACGCGAAUCGGGCGGAAAUAGAGUUCCACCCGGCGAUUCUUACGUAAGCGAUUAUAGAUGAUUUAAUUGAUCAAAUUAAGAUCUAUAAAAGUCGGAAGAAUCGUAAGUGAACGAAGUAUAUUUUGGUAAAUUAAAAUCACACAUAUUAUCACUAAAUGAAGCGUAAAAUAAGUUGAAAGCAGGAAAAUAGAAUUCUAGCGUCGCGGCGGCGAUGCAUCGAUGAUGCACCGGAAUCCUGAGCGUUCGGGAGGAUCGUCAUAUAGUGUCCACAGCCUCGAAGGCUCUCCUUAGACAAAGACGACGUGGGCAAUCUCUAGAUCUCCUUGCAAAGUCUAGAGAUCAAUGAAAUGGGUCGUCGAAUCGUCUCCGGCGGCUGUCACCCGACAGAGCGAAAAAACGGCGACUUUGCGGCUCUCUGGUGGCUGUCACCCGACGGAGAGGAGCUGGAUGGAGGUGGAGUGCGUGUUAGGGAGCUUCAUCCUCAGGUCUGCGCAACAAGAGGAGGCUCUUCAUCACAUCUGGUACGCUCUCAGGAGGUGGUGACUCGUCUCCCGACGGAUCGUCCUCUUCCCGACGACGGCUUGUUCGUCAAUCAAUCGGAGAUGAUUUACUCGAUGGAUUCGCGAUCCUUUUAUCGCGAAUCCUUCAGCAAUUUGAGUAACAAUGCUCUGCGAAUUGCGUUGACGAGAUUUUCGCCGAUGAUCCAGUGAUUCUGGUUGCUUAAUCCUUCACCGGUGAUUUGCAAGAAAGUCACGAUAAUCAGAUAAAAAUAUGAGUUUUGGCUCUAGGAGGAUUCGAACCUGUGCCGGUUGCCCCCGCCUCUUCUAAGGAAGGUGACGGAUUUAGUCUCACAUCGGUUGCGCCGAAUUUUCGGGCGAAUAUAUAGUAAUGUUACAUUUCUAAGCAAAGUCCCUUUCUCGCGCGUGUACGACCACUCCUUGCCCCACAGCCAGCUGGCCACCGAUGAUGUGGAAGGGGAGUGAGUGGUGCACAUGUGCACCCAUCGGUUCAAGCCGCUUGAGCCCCUACUCGCGGCUACUUCCCCGACUACGCUUUCGACCCCCUUGCGGGCUCGGCUGGCCGGCGGGUCCCCCCAUUUUGCAAUAUUUUUAUUUUUAUUUCUUGUUCUUCAUUUAUCUAAAAAGUAAGACUGUAAAAAUCUUAUAAAAUCACAUAAUUACCCAAAAAUUCACGUUAAUCAACUGGAAACCACUUUUCACACUUUAACACAAAUAUAAGUCUAUUUAUCAUGAGUUAAGGCUAAAACUAUAUUAUUUACUAAUUAUUAACUCAUAGUAAUGAAGACUUAUCAAUCAUGUAAAGCAAAAAAUUCAUGUUUAGCUGAAUUUUCACUUAAAUUUUCAUAUAAUCUAUAAAUUUCAUCUUCAUCCCUACUCUUGAAUAUGUCUCCACAUGCUACAUCGAUAGUGUUCUUGUGUUGUUCUCAUGAUUACCAUUUGGUAAUUUUGUGAUGUGGUCAUCUCCUUUAAAGCUCCUUAAAUCUUUCCUAAGAUUUAUGAAAGGCUUAUCCUGAUUUUUGAGUAAAUUAAAGUAUAGUUUUCCACAUGACAUGAGUCUUGCCAACAUGAUAGAAUUUUCUUACAAAUGAUUGCUCUACUUCUAACCAUGUGGUGAUCUCAUGUGAUAAUGAUGUGAGACAAUCUCUAGCUUUAUUAUACAAUGAAUAUAGGAAGAGAUGUAACCUAAGUGCAUCUUGAGGAAUAUUAGGAAUAUGAGUAAGUUCACAUGUAGCCAAAAAUUGAAGAAUAUGUUGAUGUAAUUCCUCAUUAGCUAAUCCAUAAAAUUUAGGAAGUGUUUGUAGAGUACUAUGACGAAUAUCAAAAUGAACGUUUAGUAAAAUAAGAGGUCUAACUUACAAGGUAGGUCUAUAUAAAUCAAUUCUACUUCUGUAAAAUAUGAUUUUUUUCUUUUUUUACUACUGGAGUCUCCAAGAUAGGUGGUAAAUUUCGUUUUUCUUGUCCCCUUAAAUUUCUAGAUUGAUUGAUAGCUGAAUUUUCUAAGAUUGGUUGCAAGCUGCAUCUAUCAUUCAUAAAAUAGCUUCUCAUAAUUUAAUUCAAGUAAUAAUCAUGACACAAAGAUAUGAUUAUAAUAAAUAUGUCAAAGAGAAAUAUCGAAUCAAUUUAAAAUUUAAAAUAAUCAAGUAAAUAAAUAGAAACUAAAGACUUAAAAUUCUAUCUUAUCAAAAUAAAUGUAAAUAAAAAUUAAAUGAGCCUACAAUAUUUUUUAUUUUUUUGAAAAAAAAAUAUUUAAAUAAAAAUAAUGAAAUAAUAAAAUAAUAAAAGCUAUAUGAUUUUUAAAAAAAAUACUGAAAUAGAAAAAAACUAAAUCAUUAACACCAAUUAAAAAUAAAUCUACUCGACAAUGGUGCAACAUUUCUAGACAAUACUUCUUUGACUUCCCGCAUGGUGUGGCAACCACAAUUUUGUAUAUUAAGCACACAUUUUUUUAAAAAUCUUGCAUCUAUGAUAAAAACCAUCAAAACUGAGAUGAUUCAUAGUUUUGUGUAGCUUACACUAAAUAUUUCAAUUGUGGCUACCACUAAGUAUUUGGUUGUCACAAUUCUUUGCUCCCUUAUCAGUGGUGGGUUAUAGCUUGAAAUUGGCCUCACACGAAAAUUUUCAGUUGGAUUAUACAUGUGAUGUUGAAUAGAGCUAGAAGCAUAAAAAACUCGUUAACCAACGAUAUUUUAACUAAAUGUGGUAAUACUAUAUCACAAAUGACUUUCAAAAUCUAACUGUUAUCUAAAAUAAAAGAAUUUCAUAGCCCAACUGAAUCAGCUUUUUGAAACCUUAAAUACACUUCUUGCACACUCUAUUCUCUAACUAUGAAAUUGAUGCGCCAAAAGUCCCUCAAUCUGCUAAAAAUUAUUAUGUCACCUUUUGGAGAGAAAUCGAACUUCCUUCUCCCAUCUGGGCCACAUUAGUUUGCUGCACUUUUUUCACUUGUUUCACGUUUAUUUCACAUCUCCUUUAUAAAUCAGGUUGUUUUUCCUUUCAAAAAAAUUGAUGAAUUAAAAGGUUAUUAUGUUUCUCUUGUAGGCACUUGCAGCUGAAAUGAGUCCAAACACAAAUGUCAACUACAUUGCUCCAAGAUUUGUUCCUAGCCAUUUAUUAAGAUCUGAUCCCAUCGUAAAUCAAAGCUUCUCGUCCAAUUUAGAUAAGAUGUUUGAAAUUCCAUGUUGGAUUCCUCACUUUGUUAAAGAACUCAGAUUCUCACAUUUCCUACACAUCUCUGUUACAUACAUCUUGUGCAAUUUUCUUUUAUUCUCUAGAACUACACUGGUGAUGAAGACUUAUCAUGAAAGAUAUUAAUUUGACCCAUUAAUAUUUUCUAAAAGAAGUUUUAUCUUCCAUGCUUCACUAUCUUUUUACUAUUUGAUGUUUGAUGGGUUGUCAUUAUGUAGAGAAAUGUCAUUAAAAAUCAGAUAUUAUUCAAUAAGCUUGGUACCACUAGUGAUAUGGGAGCAGCUGCAGUAUUUUUGGCCUCUGAUAAUACAUCUUAUUGAUGAAGUUGAUUUAAAAGUUAAAUAUGUCACUGUGAUGUAACCAAGUUUAUGUAAAUAGUAUUUAUAAAACCUCACACUGUAGUUUAGGAUAAGUAAGGUUCAAUCCUUAGGAAGUGUGGGUAAUGAGAGUAAGAAUUUUACUUAUUUUAUUUCUUAUAUAUAUAUACUUGAGAUUAUAAAUGACGAAAUUAAAUCUAAAAAGAGUGAAGACAAGAGAAAUAGAAAGUGUGAUAAAGGGAAGAGAAUGGAUCUGACGUAAUAGAAUGAUAAAAUAAAUGAUAAAACUAAUUCAACUAAGAGUUAAUCUAUUUAUGAAGAAGAUUACAAGGAUGCCCCAAAUCUAGAUCUUGCAUAGACCUUGUUGUGCGUCAGUCUUGGGCUGAGUGAUACUUGAUCCAUGAUGAUUUUGAUGUGCUCCAAGUAGUCUCUUUUUCAAGAUGAUCUUAGGCACAAGAAUGUUGUUGACCGGAUCUUGAUUUUUCUCCUUUUUCCUUCACUAGCCACUACUUGA